AUGGGCGAAGCAGAGGGGACUGGAACAGUGAAGGGAGGGGAGGGGGGAGAGCAAGGAGUCGAAGAGAAGAGAGACGAGCUCGUGCAAGUGAGGACAGGAGGAGAGGUCGGCAGCAAAGAGGUUGAGAAUCCCCCAGCGAUCAAGAAGGGACCGUCAGCAGCAGCCCAGCUGAAACUUGUUCAGUUCUCUGAAGGAAUAGUGAACAAGGAAGUGGUGCUCGGAAACCUUUGGCGGGAUCAAAAUACUCGGAGCAAGGAAGUGAUGACCGAUGUGAAGGUUGUGAUAAUGGUCUUGCCCGACUUGAGAUCCAUGUCAUGUCGAAGGAUGCUUCUCUCUGCUGGAAUCCUGCAGAACCCAAGACAAGCGCAGGUUUGCAUGGAAGAUUUUUCACUCGAUUUGUCAAAUGUUGAGCUCUACAUUGACAACUCAAGAAACUUCCGAGUCUACGAGGCUCUGGGCAUGGAAAAGCGCAAAGCUCUGAAAUCAACGUUUAAUGAAAAAAUGGAUGCUUUCGGAUACUACCUCCUACGAGCUUGCUUCGGUAACACGAGCUCGUGGUGCUCGGGGUUGGGAUUUUCGCACAAAAACCCCUUCUUGGGGGGAGUCUUCCUGGUGGGGGAGGGAAGCAAGAUCAAGUUCCGGUCUCCUCACAGUCCUGGCCAGUCAAGUUCCUCACUGUGUGAGCAGUGCGCCAAACUAAGAAAGCGAUCUGCCGCUUCCUCCUCGAAAAAUGUGUAUGUCAAACCCGAGGAUGAGAUUGUCGGCAUGGUCUAUGUUCCUGUCUAG